ACUUUUAUUUAUCUAUUAAAAUUUUAAAAUUUCGAUCACCUUAAUGUUUAAUAGGUUUAUGUGAAUUUGAAUGAAUUGCGAUUCCUUCGAUCCUUCUUGCCCAAUGUCCAUGGAUUCACUCUUGCUCUCCGUCACCCAAUCACCCCCGGAAAUCUGCGAUGACAAGCGGCUGAAAUCGGUACCGGAUAAGCUAUCGGAACUGGUACUGGAACCAUAUAUUGCAUCGGGAUCGGAUACGGAUACGGCAUCGGAACCGGAGCCGGAACCGGAACCGAAACCGAAACCGGAACCGAAAUUGGGACCACAAUUAGAUACGGAAUUGGAACAGGAAUCAGAAUCGGAACCGGAAUUGGACCCGAGAUCGGAUUGGGAGUUAAUACCAAUUGAAAAGCUGACGGUGAAUGAUUUGGCUAGCCGUUAUGACGAUGACCCUUCUCUUUUUUGUUUUCGAUGUCCGCAAUUUGUGUAUAAGAAUAAAGCCUAUCUUAAAAAUGAGGAGGAGAUAGCCAAAGUCCGGGCUGAGUAUUUUAAGCUCUGUCGUAGCAUAUCUCCCUUCGAUGCUAUUCCUGUUCCACCCUUAGCAAUUGCAUGUGGCAGUAAAUUUACCCGUCCCCUGGAACUAACAGAACAAUGUCGCCCUCUUCUUACUUACCUCUCCAAUCGUGCUCUGAAAAAGUUUAAUGCUAAGAAUAAGGGUUCAAAUUAUGUGUUUGAUGAACUUGUCAAGGCAACCUCUCGGCAAAUUCCUCGUGUUACUUAUUACAUUACCUUUAAAGCAAAAGAUGAUGCCCAUCCUCAUACUUCCGACAGCCCUGCGACAACUUUCCAGGCCCACGUCUGGAGGAAGCCGUCUAGAAAGUCUGUGGUCAAAUCGUGUUCCAUUAAAACCUAACACCCACACCAUGGAAAUCAUGUCCAUUGCAUUGCACGUUGUGAAACUGGUUUUGGUUGUUAUUCAGCAAGUAUACUUUUAAUUUUCAGUUCAAACUAACAUAACAUUAGCUACAAUAACAUUAGCUGCAAUGACAUACUUCUUUUUAAUUAAAAAGAAGAACGGAAUAAAGUUAAAUUUUCUGAUCUAGACGUAACCAUAUUUAAUAUGGUAUACCGUCUAGAUUUUCGUAUGUUAUACCAUUGAUAAUCCAAGCACAUUCAA